GAUUCAGUCAACGUUCGUUCCUCCACAUAACUCAAAGCCGACAUCUUCUAUCACGAUCCCAAAUCCGCUCCUCCUCGCCUCCGCAGAACUAAUCGAUUCGAUAGCAGUGAUAGAAUGCUCCGCCGCCACAGCUUUUGCCUGUUGCCCCCGACGCUCCUCUUCCUCCUCCUCACUUCACCCGCCCGCUUCGCCAACUCCGCCACGUGCCCAUACGACUUGGACUCCGCCUCCCACCUGAUUUCCCCCGCCUGCUACGCCAACGCCUCCGCCGCUUCCGCCGCCACCAACUGCUGCUGGUACGUCUACACCGCCUACACCUUCGCCGCCGUCCUCCACGCCAACCGUAGCGGCACCGCCUUCCUCCCCCCCGCCGUCGCCUCCGCCUGCUCGGCUUCCUUCGCGGCCGUCCUCGUCAGCCGCGGCCUCGUCAACGCCUCUCUCCUCUCCUCCACCUCUUGCGACCUCGGCUCGUCCCUUCUCGCUGCCGCCGGCCGCCCGUGCCAGUUCCCCACCGUCCGGGGCAUCCGCUCCGCCGCCGACUUCACGCUUGCUUCCCGCCUCUGCGCCUCCCCUACCGCUGGGGAUCUCUCCCCCGACGUGGGCACCGCAUGCCCCGCGUGCCAGAACGCCGUCAUCUCCGCCACCUUCGCGCUGCUCAACGCCACCCACUCCAAGGAGUUCGUCCCCUGCGGCGUGGCCGCCACCAUCGCGGUCUGGACCCCGUUCCAGCCGUCCCCGCCCCGGUUCGCCUCCUACGCCCGUUGUAUGCUCCAAGUCCUCGAAAAUGUCGGUGGCCUUGGCACCGACAACCUCAUCCCUUCGCCCCCGCCUCCCUCCUCCGUCCAAGCUCCCGUCUCCACGUCCUCCUCAUCCUCCGCCUCCAGAUCCAUCAAAAUCGCCGUCGGCUCCGCUUCGGCCGGCCUCGUCUCCAUCGCGGCGAUCGUCUUUCUCGCCUUCAAGAUCCGCCGGUCCACCGCGGUCACCAGCAACAUGAAGGACGAGAAGGAGCCGCCGCCGUCUUCGACCGCCGCGUCCCCGCUCCCCACGGAUGGUCUAUACAUCUUCACAAAGGCAGAGCUAAGGGCGGCCACGAACGGGUUCGACGACCGCCUCCUCCUCGGCGAGGGAGGCGCCGGUAAGGUCUAUCUGGGGAGGCUCCCCAGCGAGCAGCCCGUGGCCAUCAAGCGCAUUCACCAGGAACAGAAGGUGGCCGAGUUCUAUGCCGAGGUGGCCAUCCUCGCCAAGCUCCGCCACCGCAACCUCGCGACCCUCGUCGGCUACUGCUUCGGCGAUCGGGAGCACGCUCUGGUGUACGAGUACAUGGCCGGCGGCAAUCUCGCGCGCGCCCUCUCCUCCGGUGAGCUGACGUGGUGGCGGCGCGUCCGAGUGGCUGUCGACGUGGCGGAGGGGCUCGCGUACCUGCACGGGCUCCCCGACGGGGCGGUGAUCCACCGGGACGUGAAGCCCACCAACGUGCUGCUCACCGACGCGGGGCUGGGCAAAUUGUCCGACUUCGGUGUGUCGCGUGUGGUGCCGCCGGGUGGCAACCACGUGUCGACGGAGUUGAUGGGCACCCUGGGGUACGUGGACCCGGAGAGCUUCCCGGCGGGGCACGUGUCGGAGGCCACGGACGUGUACAGCUUCGGGGUGGUGCUGCUGGAGCUCGUCACCGGGAUGCGGGCGGUGGUUCCCACCCCGACGGGCGGGGCGGAGUCCAUCAUCCACGCGGCGCGCGCGUCCGCUGGGUGGUCGUCCGACGGCGCGGGGCCGUCGGUGGUGGACCCCAGGCUAGGGGAGGGCUGGGACCGGGCCACGGUGGGGGCGGUGUUCGAGCUGGCGUGCCGGUGCGUGCGCCCGCGCAGGGAGGAGCGGCCCACGAUGCGAGAGGCGGCGGCGGAGCUGGCAGCCGCGCUCGCCGACCUGGAGGCGCGGACGGGGGGCGCCGAGGAAGCGGCCACCUCCCCGCCGCAGCCGCCACCCAACGAGUCCCCCGCGCCGCCCUCGGCGUCGACGGGGUCCCCGCCGUCGUCGGUUCACGCAUGGUCGAUUUGAAUCGGACGAGGGUCCCGCGUUUUGUUGUGGCUCCCACACGUUUGGUUGCCUCGGCUUCCACCAGCAACGCAAAGGCUGUUGCAGUCGAUCCAAUAAAAAGCUGUAACCUGUUCGACAUUUGUUUCUUGCCACACGCGGUUUUGACUGGAGAGGCAAUGUGGUGCCCACCGCUCUCCCCGAGACGCGUGUCAAGUGUAGCGUGCAGGAGACGUUGGUGUUAUGCAUAGCAACCGAGUGACGAUCGACGAUA